CGUGAUUGUUUUGGAGACGACGAAAAUCGGGAAGUGUAACUCAGCCCGGUAACUCAGUUUUGGUCUAACUUUCGAACCUCUCAAUCAUACUGAAAUAAAGCUGCUUUUUGUUGCAUCAACCCUGUGUACCGUGCAUCAAUAGUUGUUUUGUUCGUGAGUAAUAAUUUACCAAGAUGAGAAGUAAAAUGAUGUUCUAUGCCAUGAUUGUAGCAGCCCAGGUCUUAACCAUGAGCAUAGACAGUGUCUAUUCACUUGAUAAUGGACUUGCUCUUACCCCACCAAUGGGAUGGUUGUCAUGGGAACGCUUUCGCUGCAACACAGAUUGUGUAAAUGACCCUGACAACUGCAUUGGUGAAAAUUUGUAUAAAACCAUGGCUGAUUUAGUAGUUGAGAAAGGAUAUAAAGAUUUAGGUUAUGAGUUCAUCAACAUGGAUGAUUGUUGGAUGGCUAGUAGCAGAGAUAGUAAUGGCCGUCUCCUAGGUGAUCCCACUCGCUUCCCUAGUGGUAUCAAAGCUCUAGCUGAUUAUAUCCAUAGUAAGGGUUUGAAAAUUGGCAUCUACGAAUCCAUGGGAUAUUAUACCUGUCAGAAACUACCAGGAACCUUUGGUCACAUUGAGACGGAUGCUCAGACCUUUGCUGAUUGGGGUAUUGAUAUGGUCAAGAUGGAUGCAUGCUAUACACCAUCCAGCGAACUUGCAGGAGAAGGUUACAUGAAUUUCUCAAGAGCUCUGAAUGCAACUGGAAGGCCUAUUAUUUAUUCAUGUGAAUGGGCCCAUGUUGGUGGGAACUUCAGCAUCAUCGCCAAGACCUGCAACACCUUCCGUAACGGCAUCGAUAUUCAGGAUUCCUGGACGAAUGUUCAGAGUAUCAUCAAUUUCUUUAUUUCUCAUCAAGACUUAUUCACCAAUGUAUCUGGACCUGGUAGUUAUAGUGACCCUGAUAUGCUUAUUGUUGGAGACUACGCCCUUAGCAUUGAUCAAUCUCGUGCUCAGAUGGCACUGUGGGCCAUAUUGGCUGCUCAGUUAAUGAUGUCAAAUGAUCUACGAACCUUAGCUCCCUGGGCAGAGGAGAUCUUACAGAAUAAAGAAGUCAUUGCUGUCAACCAGGAUCCACUGGGAAUUAUGGGAAAGAGAGUAUUAACGACAAGUGCAAAGAUUUCAGUAUGGACAAAGCCUCUGUCUUCGGGUUCAUUUGCAGCAGUAAUCUUCAGCGAAAGAACAGACAUGCCAUAUAACUAUACAUUCACCAUCUCCAAACUGAACUUCAGUCACCCAUCAGGUUAUAAAGUCAGAGACCUUUUUGAAUCCAAGGACCUCGGUACAUUCCUUCCUGACGAUGACAUCAGCGUCAUGGUGAAUCCUGUCGGCGUGGUGAUGAUACGGGGGGAUCCAGUCAUGACCAAUCACAUCAAACCAGAGAAAAAACCCAGUAAUAGAUUUUUGAAAUCGCUUCUUCAGGCCAGAAAAGUAAAUAAUAUCCAAGGUAAUGGUGUUUUUAACAUGGUUCAAGUAAAAGAGAAUACAUUGAAAAAAAUGUCGAGUGAUUAAAGCAUGUCGAUAAUGGGAAAAGAAACAAUGGCAGUAAAAUGAGCUAAUUUAAUAUUAAUCGUUGAUUUGCUCCCAGUUACCUGAUAUAGUGGUGUUAACUUUUCAUCAAAGGAAAAAAGAAAAUCAUGUGUGUGAUAUUUAUCUCUUUAAAGCGAAUUACAGAUUCGCUGAAAUGACAGGAUAAUAUUCUCAAUGGUGUUUCUCUGUGCCACUUAAAAAUAGAGCACAUGACAAUCAAUUUGUUAUAUAAAAUAGCAGGCAGUUGUACAUGCUAUUUUUUGAA